AUGACUUCAGCAGAGUUUGGGAGUCCGUUAAGAAAAUAUAAACUUGUAUUUUUAGGUGAACAAAGUGUCGGAAAAACCUCACUUAUUACACGUUUUAUGUAUGAUACAUUUGAUAGCACAUAUCAAGCUACAAUCGGUAUUGAUUUUUUGUCCAAAACCAUGUAUUUAGAAGAUAAAACUGUUCGUUUACAAUUAUGGGACACAGCAGGACAGGAACGUUUCCGAAGUUUAAUUCCAAGUUACAUCAGGGACUCUUCUGUAGCCGUCAUUGUUUAUGAUAUAUCAAGUAAAGAAUCCUUUUUAAAUACAUCAAAGUGGAUAGAUGAUGUUCGAGCUGAAAGAGGAAAUGAGGCUAUUGUUGUAUUAGUAGGAAAUAAAACUGAUUUGAACGAAAAGAGAGAGAUAACUACAGAAGAAGGAGAGAAGCGAGCAAAGGAAUUAAAUGUCAUGUAUAUUGAAACAAGUGCAAAGGCAGGAUAUAAUGUAAAGUUAUUGUUCAAGAAAAUUGCACAAGCCCUGCCUGGUAUAAGUGGAUCUAAUAUGAAUGAUGAUGAAAAAGGACAAUUGCAAAAAGUGAAUCUUGAUCAUUCCAAUUCAGACUCGAGCAGCUGUGCCUGUUAAUAAAUUUUAUUCUAUUUUUUUUUUCUUCUUUUUAUGUUGAGAUUCUUUUCUUUACAUAAAUAAGGCUCUCAAAAAGAAAAAAAAAG